CUCAACUAUCUGGGCCUUUUGUAGACCGGAUGAUGGCCAGGUGUAGGAAAUGCUAUGCAUAAUUUUUGUAUAUUCAUAGAUAUGAUUGUCAUGACUCGUGAUCUAAAAAAAUGCUCUGUGGCUAUUGGUUUCGCCACCAAGAUCGCGAAACUUCUGUUCGUGUAGUCGCCGUUUCCUCGGCACCUGAUCUUUCGGCUCCACGAUCUAGUUUUGGAUCAUGGGAGUCGUUGCCAUCACAGGAAUCCCAUCUGCUUCGCACUUACAAUUGGCGAUAUAUGUGGGUGGUUGUUUUUCAAAAAGACAGGUUUAUAAUUGGGUCCAUUCAACAUCUGGUCGUCAGCAUGGAUCCAAUGGAUAUAGAUGAGGUGGUCGAUUUUGAAGAUUCGGAUGUUGACAUUGGUCCUGUUCAGGCGCAGAUCAGUUUGGUGGGGCGUCUGUUUGCGUUGCGUCCCUUGUUCCGCCUGACAAUGGAUAGCGUGGCUAAUGGAAUGUGGGGUACACCAACAUGUCCGAUCAUUGUGCAUGAAGCUGAGAAUGGUAUGUGGAGGUUCAUUGUGGUGGAUGAUCAGGUCCGGGAACGGAUUGUUCGACGCUGCCCGUGGACGGUUAAGGGCUUUGUGCUGCAUUGGAUACCUUGGGCGCCGAUUACUCCUACUUUGGUGAAACCAGCCUCGGAGGCGAAAGUUGGACGAAAAGGAUAGAAAACUGGGAGAAGAGGUGAAAAACGGCGAGUUCACGGUUUUCCUUGGCUGUUCACGGUCUUGUAUGACUGUGAAGAAGAGCCAUUGGUCGUGAACUUUGAGGAGUCUAAAGCCAAAAUGAAAGUUACUAACGUCAAUUGUGUUCAUGGUCGCUAAGACCGUGAACAGGAGCUGUUGGCUGUGAACCAAUGGAAGCAAAGCGGUGCAUUUCGGCGCCCAUCUUCAGUUCACGGACGCGGUUCAGAGUUCACGGUCGUGAAUUGAGCUCUUCACUGUUUGAAAGCUGAGUUGAAAGGAGGAGAGAAGAUAGAGCCCAUUUGAGUGAGAAAGCAUUCGUCUGAUUUCUAGAGAGAGAAACACGAACCAAAGAAGGAGGCCAGGGUUUUGCUCCAAGGUGGAUUUUGGGAAGAUUUUCUCCAAGGAAAGUUCAACACAAGGGCCAAGAAGAUUGGAAGCCUCCUCCAAGAUGGUUUCUACCCCUUCUCCUUGUGUUUCUCCCAUUUCUAGCAUUUAGUAGAAUUCUUUUCACUUGGGUGUUGUGAAACCCUAACUCUACCAUGUAGUUUUCUUUUAUGUGAAUUGGAUGAUUGUCAUUGGGUAUUGUUUAAUUCAAAUGUUUGAGGUAUUAUUCAUCUUGAUUGUGCAUGUUUGUGCUUAGCAUCCUUAGGUUUGUUCAUGAUUGGUGCUUAGCAACCUAACGAUUGUGCAUGUCUAUGCUUAGCAAUCUAAUUAGCUAGUUAACCUAGUCUAGAGAGGGAAACCCUCCUUCCAAGGGAGUCUCAAUUGAGUUGGUAUCCCUAGGGCUUUUCAGUCUUCUAACUAGGUUAAUUUAGGGCAAACCUCAAUAUUGGAUUAAGCAAUUUGGUUAAGCGCGAUUAAGUCGUCCAACCCUUGGGUUGAGUGAGGGAGUAAGUCAACCAUUAAUUGCCUAAACCGAGAGGGCCUAGUGGCGGCCUAUAAUGCAUGCCUCGAUUUAGCAAUCAUGACCGUGGUCUACGACCAUAUUUGCGUCCCCUAGCGGUUAGCGAUCACCUUGCCCAUAGCAAUCAUUUCGGUUCACAUACCAUGGUAGUAGUUAGGGGGAAGCGACACCCGAGUGAUCCUUCCACAAAAGAGCUUUCAAAACCAUUCACCAUUGUCUUGUUUUACUUUAAUUAGCAAACUUUUCAACCAAAACUUUAUUUCUAGAUAAUGAUUCAAAUGACUGAAGUAGGGGUAGACGGACCGACACGGUUGAUAUUUAAACAUACUUAUCCUGUACUGCACCCGACUAAAGUUUAUAUUUGGAC